AUUCUCAUUCAUGCGUGUGCGUAAAUGUCAUCGUGUUUGCCGUUAUCUAAUCUGAGUCAGAAGUGUGAUAGGCUCAGGGGUCCAUUUUCUCCUACCUUUUAUCACUCAACGCUUGCACAUUCACAAACCCAUCUCAAGAUUACUACCACAAACAACUACGCUCCCUGUGCUUUCCAUCUUAAGCGAAUAUAUUCUUCUUCUGCUUUUCAUUUCAACCAGCGGAUACCACCCUGUCUUUGUUUCUUUGCAACUUCACAAAGAAAGAAGAUAAUUAAGAUAUGGAGAAGGCCGUUCUUGAUAGUAUAAUUAACAAGCUUCUUGAAGUUAGAGCAAAGCCAGGGAAGCAAGUGCAGUUAUCUGAGGAUGAAAUCAGGCAACUCUGUGUUGUCUCCAAGGGUAUUUUCCUGAGGCAGCCUAAUCUUUUGGAGCUUGAAGCUCCCAUCAAGAUAUGUGGGGAUAUCCAUGGCCAGUACACUGAUCUUCUGAGGCUUUUUGAAUAUGGUGGUUUACCUCCUCGUUCCAAUUACUUAUUCUUAGGUGAUUAUGUAGAUCGUGGAAAGCAAAGCCUAGAAACAAUUUGCCUUCUCCUUGCAUAUAAAAUAAAAUAUCCAGAAAACUUCUUCCUUCUGAGGGGCAACCAUGAAUGUGCUUCAAUAAAUCGUAUUUAUGGAUUUUAUGAUGAGUGUAAACGCAGAUUUAAUGUCAGACUUUGGAAAGUAUUCACAGAUUGCUUCAACUGCCUACCUGUGGCAGCUCUUAUUGAUGAAAAGAUACUCUGUAUGCAUGGUGGACUUUCUCCUGACUUGCAUAAGUUGGAUGAGAUAAGAAAUUUACCACGACCUACUGAGGUUCCAGAAAGUGGUUUGCUAUCUGAUCUCCUGUGGUCUGAUCCUGGUAAAGACAUUAAAGGUUGGGGGCCAAAUGAAAGAGGAGUUUCCUAUACCUUUGGUGCUGAUUUGGUGAAAGAGUUUCUUCAGAAGCAUGAUCUUGAUUUAAUUUGUCGCGCUCACCAGGUUGUGGAAGAUGGUUAUGAAUUUUUUGCUGAUAGGCAGAUGGUAACCAUAUUUUCAGCGCCUAAUUACUGUGGGGAGUUUGACAAUGCUGGUGCCAUGAUGAGUGUGGAUGAAACUCUAAUGUGUUCUUUUCAAAUAUUAAAGCCCCCAGAUAAGAAGCCAAAGUUCAGUUUUGGGAGCACAACCACUGUUAAGUCUGCUCCUCCAAUCAAAAUGAAGUGGUGACGGAUGAGAUAUCUGAAGAAGGCCAGAAAGUUAGAUCAUGGAAUAUUAACAAAGUAGUCAUCUAAGGAGUCCAAGAGUUUGUUCCCGUGAUGGGAAGAAUAUGCAUUGGCAGCUGUACUUAGUCAAGCUAAGGAGAAUCAAAAAUGUUACUCUGCCACCAGGAUUUUGGAAGCUAUAAUAUUUUGUUCUACUCUCUUCAUGUACAUUAUUGAUGCAAUGCAUAUAUUACUCUGUUGUUUCUCA